CCGCCUCUUCUCCUCUUUUCAGGGCCUGUCCUAAGCUCGGUUACCCCUGCACGCAGUUCUUGAAAUCUUGAUCAGGCCUUUGUUAUCGAAUGAGUCUCUCGUCAUCUGCUCUGUUGCUGCGAUCGAUCGAGCAGGAGCACUCGGAAAAAUUACGAGUGCCUCGAGGUUUUUUCGUUUUGUUGUGGUUGUAGGUUGUGAAAGGGCUUCGAGAGGCGUGGUUGAGGAGUUCAUUUGAGGCGGGCACGAGAGUUAUGGCCGUUGCUCGAAGCGAGACGAACUUUUAGCGCGGAUGUUUGUGAAGAGGGCUCAGAGGGACGAGGAUCCCUGUUGUGGAUUGGUUCACGGACUAAGUAUUGGAUAUGUUGAUGAAUUUGAGGAAGCGAUGUUGAACAUGGUUAUCUUAGUUGGUUACGUGUCCGGGAGAGGGAACCAUCACAUUUGGAAGCUAACUUUUGAAUAGUGUUUCUGAAGGAGGCGGUUCUAACGUUUCAUGAUGGCCUUUCCUCGAGGCCUUCAUGCUGUACAUUGUGUGCAUCCGCCGUUACCGGAGUCACCGUCGCCUUCAAAGAGGUCUCCAACACCUCCUGCGUGCUCGCCGCCCAGGCCUUCAUCACCUCCCAAAAACCAAUUCCUAAUGCAAUUGUUUCGGGAUUCCAAUCCAGAGCCUAUUAUCUUAACAGUAAACAUUGAUCGUUCAGAAAAGGAGCCUAUGGCAUAUCGGGGGGGUUUUAAGGACAUAAGAACUGGUAUCGAGUACUUGAAUGCUGUUGCCCAGACACUGGAGUUGUGGCCUCCUGGCAAGAAGCUGAAAACCUACCCGGUGAUGAUGUCACGUGAGACUCAGCUAUCUUGGCUCCGAACGCGAGUACAUCAAACCUACAGGGAGGCAUUCACCCAGAUGGAUAAAAAUCCGACCUACUGGUCAUUGGACAAGAAUGGGGUAGUGAUAAGCGACACCUUCGACUACUACAAGAUCCCUGGACUUUAUGAGGACUCGGAUGCGUGGGAACGGAAACGAAUUGCGGCUGUUAUAUUUAUUCAAAAGCACACUCGCCGGAAAAUUGCUCAACGAACUGCGAACCGCAUGCGCCAAUAUGCUGCAAAAAUGAAGGAGUUCUGGAUUGUGAGAGACAGGAUCAAUAAAGAAAACGCUGAGGCGAGAGUGCAGUACGAGAUCCAACGGCGUCUACAUCCCUCCACUCUGAAUGAUUUUAAUCUAUUGUGCAAAGAACUUGAGACGUGGCAAGUGGAGGAAUACAGGAGACUAAAUGCAAAGAACUUGGAAGGAGAGGAAAAGAAAAAAGCUUGUAAAGAGCUUAUGGAAAAGCAAUUGAAAUUGAUCCAAACAAUAGACAAUUUAAAAUUAAAGACAGAGGUCGUCGUUCAUCGUAGAAUGAUAGAAAGGAAGUUGACAACAAUGGCACUUCCAAAAGUUUGGGAGUUGACUAAUGGCCAGCUAAUCAACGUCACAACUCCAGCAACAAUUCGAGCAGGAGAACUUGGGCAGUUGUACCGAGAACUUGAAAAGAAAGUGGAAUCCAUGGACGACAGAAUGGCGAUUCUGGGCUAUGUUAAGUGGACUGUGCAGGUUUUUGAUACUGUUUUAACAAGGGAGAUACUAAACCUAAUUCAAAGAGAAGCUGAUCUUAUGUACCGAGGUCGAUCAGCUAAAUCGAUUUCAGGCCUUCGGAAACGAAUCCUACAUCGGUUUUGGGCGUUCGUAGAGGAUCCAUUAUACAACCCCGAGGCCCAAAUGUUUGCAAAUGAGCCAACAGACUUUGAUUAUGGAAAUAAGCACUUUCAGUGCAUGAGAGAUGCGCUUAACAAAUUUCCAUGAGAUGAAUCUAUUUCAGAAACUUGAUUUGAGUCCCCUGUGCCUUGAUCACAGUUACUGCAAUGGUGGUCCCGCACUGCAUCUGCAGAAAUUGAUUUAUUUUUUUCAUUUCGGAUUUAUUGUCUGGAUGCCAUACAUUGCUAUGUGGAUCCAAACUCAGGCAUUCAGAUGGCUACAGUACUGGGCCCGCGUAGCAAUGCCCGUUUGAAGUGUUGUAACAAGUCACAUUCACACCUCAUGACAACAAGCCACGGCAAAGAUUCUGGAUGAAUGAUUACAUAGCCACCGCAUGGCAACUUGCCUUUACAAAGGGAUAGGCAAGUAAAUUGGGAACAAGUUCACUUUUGCUAAAACUCCUCUUAAUCAAUCAUAAUACUAGAUUUAUUCUU